CUCACCAUGAUUCUAUUUUAAUAGAUUAUUGUUUAGAAUCUAAUAACAAUGUUUUCCAAAAUCCCAAUACAGAAAAUAAGUCACCGCCACCAGAAAUGAAACUACAUGAACCUACAAAAACACGUACUGCUCCAAGAUCUAUUCUAAAAAGCAGCAAUCCGCAUGUGUAUACUACCCAUUUAACACCGAAUAGUGAUAAAUCCAUGCACUCUUCCAUGUCAAACUUUCCAAGACCUUCACUUUCACCAACUAAUCCUACAAGUCCGACACGCUCAUUGUCACCACAAUCAUCAUCAUCUCGAAUGAAUAUGCAAUUUCAAUACAAGAUAGAACAGCAGAAUAACUCGGUUACUCAACCAUUGAUACAAAAACCAACUAAUUUAAAUACUCAGAAUCUGCCAAUCAACACGGAAUAUCAAAGGUCUCCUGUACAAUAUACAGCUUCUCCCGUACAAUGUACAGCUUCUCCAGUACAAAGACAAAACUCUGCUGAAUCUUCGAAUACGCAAAAUUAUCAAAGUUACUCUCCUGAAAUCACAAUAACUCCAAUUUCCAAGCGGCAAGAUUCAUCUGAUUCUUCAAGCACCCAAAAUUCUCAAGGACACUCUCCAAGAUCGAAUAUUGAUUCUGCGCCAGAACCUCAAUAUCAAGCAAAAUUAAUGCAUAGAGUGAAAAGCCUACGCUCUGCAACUUCGCCACAAAAUGUUGAUGGGCUAGAAUCUAUGAGGAAACCAACUACUAUAGAUGAUUAUGUAUCACAAGCGAUUAGAUAUCAUGAAAAUGAUCAACUUGAGAAAUCUACUGAAUAUUUUCGUAUUGCUGCUAAACAGAAUAACACUAUAGGAAUGAUUUUUUAUGGUCUUGCUCUUAGACAUGGAUGGGGAUGCAAAAUGGAUACAUCAAGAGGAUUCAAAUAUCUACAAAAGGCUGCUGAUUCUGCGUCAGAAAUGUUAAAAAACAUUGAUGAUUCGGCCAAUUCGCAAAUACUUAAAACUGGUCUGGUAUUGGCCAUUUAUGAAUUGGGUAUGUGCUAUAAACAUGGUUGGGGUGUUCCAAAAGAUAAGGUUAAGGCUGCUCAUUAUUAUAAGAUGGCUGCUGAUCAGGGGGAUCCGGAUGCACAAAAUGAUAUCGCCCAUUGCUAUUAUAAGGGUGAAGGCGUGAAAAAGGAUAUGAAAACUGACUUGGCAGAUUUAAGCUUGGAAGAUUUAGACUCGGCAGACUUGGAUUCCACGGACUCGGCAGACUUAGAUUCCACGGACUCAGCAGACUUAGAUUCCACGGAUGCUGAGUUCACGGAUUUUUGA